AAUAAAAAGAAAAGUCACAAGCAGGGGGUGACACUGGAGGGAGGGCAAUAACUGAUCCAUGAGGGGCACAAUGACAGCACUGGGGAGUCACUUUGUGGACCCCAGGGGCCACAUCAAUAGGAUAUACAUCGAGGGGCCACAAAUGUGUUCCUAAGUGCCGAUUACAGUAUCAGUUUCUGUCUCUGAAAUUGUGACAGUACAGAAUCCUUUAUCUGUGUGUGUGGUUGUGGCAGUUUGAGGGUCUCUGAGGCCAGGUUAUCAGGGACCCCUCUUCUGAUAUCGCUAUCGAUAUCGCUGAAGUUCUGCUCAAGCAAAGUUCCUGAAUCCAGAGUGGCAUGCCAGCACAGAAAGCGUGGUACGAGAUCUCAAGGAAUGCUAAGUUAAAAGAAAGCAAACCGUUUUUCUUUUGAAAGGUGAGGCUGAGCAAUGCUUGGAAGGUUUCCGCAUUGCAUUAAAAGGGGAAUCUCCCAGUGAACUUAGUACUGAUUGAGGCUGACAACAGCUGACGUCUCAAAUCCCUGGUGCCAACUUAAUGGAAAGAGACAAGCCGGGCGCUUCUCACAACUGUCCCUGCGGAGCUGAGGAGCGGAUAUUCUUCUGUGCUUUGCUUGUUGCCAUUCGGUUCUUCUGAUCUCGAGAAGAAAGCGAACAGACAGCAGCAGCAGCAGCUCCAGCCAGACAGAAAGGAUACCAGAAAGACCAGCAGGGAGCAUUCAAAAAGAAAAAGAGAGAAGAACGGGGACGUUCGUUUGAAUUGGUUUUGAAAGAGGAAAGCUUCAGGUGAAGAAGAAGAAGAAGAAGAAGAAGAAGAAGAAGGAGGAGGAGGAGGAGGAGGAAUAAACAGGGAGGUUGAAGAAAGAAAGGUGGACGAGCAGCGGGCCAUGGGGCAGCAGCUGAGUGAAGAUAAGGAGGCUGAGAUUGGUGUGGCCGAGCUCCAGGAGUGGUAUAAGAAGUUCGUGGUGGAGUGCCCCAGUGGGACUCUCUUCAUGCACGAGUUCAAGGGCUUCUUCGGGGUCACGGACAACCAGGAGGCAGCCGAGUACAUCGAGAACAUGUUCCGUGCCUUCGACAAGAACGGGGACAACACGAUUGAUUUCCUGGAGUACGUGGCAGCGCUGAACCUGGUGUUGAGAGGGAAGCUGGAGCACAAGCUGAAGUGGACCUUUAAGAUGUACGACAAGGACGGGAACGGGUGCAUUGACAAGACGGAGCUGCUGGAGAUUGUGGAGGCUAUAUACCGAUUGAAGAAAGCCUGCCAUGGGGAGACGGGCGAUGCCUGCCUCCUGCUCACCCCCGAUCAAGUCGUCGACAGGAUAUUCCAAUUAGUCGACGCGAACGGAGACGGAGGUACGGAUUUGCCAGGAUUUCUCUCGACUCUCCCCCCGCAGGCCAGCUCUCUCUGGACGAGUUCAUUGACGGAGCGCAGAGAGACAAGUGGGUGAUGAAGAUGCUUCAGAUGGACGUGAACCCGGGAGGCUGGAUUAGUGCGCAGAGAAGGAAGAGCACUUUAUUCUGAAGGCGCUCAAACCAAAGGACUUGCUACCGAGCGCUCCCCUUCCUUCUGCCCUGCCCUUUCCUUUCGGUCUGUUGCUUUAUUUUUUCGGUGUUUUAUGUUGUUUUACAUCUCAGGCUUCUGAAAUUGUAACCCUAGGUGUGUUUGCACUAGAACAUUCACUAGGGAUAACAUAUAUGUCUAUGAAGUACACUGCUGGCUAUUUUAUUAGGACCCUGAUCACAGCCUUGAUUCAGCAAGGGGCUCCCAGGAUGUUAAUCCACUCGUUACCAGCUCACGCAGGUGUGGUGGCCACGGAAGAUUUCUGUCAUGCUCCUCAAGCCAUUCUCACACAGUGGCUGGCUUAGUGAUCGGCCUCAAGGUACAGGUGACUCCAUGUUAGGUGGAUCCACAGCGAUGCUGAAUUACACUGGAUUGCUCUGCCUUCCAGAGUCCUCGAGGGACCCAGGGUAUACCAGGGCAGUGCCAAACCCAAUCAGGUGCUAAUGAAGUGGCCAGGCAAUGAGACACUUUGCAAUAAUUGGCCUUCUUCUUGUUUCAGCGAUGACGUGGCAGUCUUUGCUUCCCAACGCUUGCUUUUCCUCUCCCCCACCCCCCUUCCCCCUUCCUCUCUCUCUUUCUCUUCCAUCACAUCGAGAUCAGUUCCUUGAGUUUCUCUAAGACAGCAUUUUUCAGGUCAUCCGCAUGGCAAAGGGUUUAUCUUGAGCUCAGCCUCACUACAUUUAGGAUCAAGGUGUUAAUUCAGCUAUAAAUAACACAAUGUACAGUACAAUGACCCAAAACCAGGGCUAUCAAAGGACCACCAAUGAGAAAUAAUGAGAUGGACCGUUUCAUAAAGUUUACGUGUGUUUUUACUGUGGAACAAGGAUGUAUUUCACUGAGGAAAGCGAUUGAUUCAGGAUCGUGGUCAAAUCAUUUGGAACCCCAUGUAACAGUAUGCUAAACGCUCCCACACUGAACUCUCCAGUUUCCCUUUCUAUACGAUGGUUUGCAUUCCUUGGUCAUGUUCAUUUUCUUGUCUUGCUUUCCCGUAUUCUGUGUGCUUUAUCGCUUUCUUCCCAUGCCUGACAGUACUUCCAAUGUGCUAUACUGCACACUGACAUAAACCUUCAUCUCAAUGUGAUGGGACCUAUUCCUAAAACAGGCUUCAAUGCUAACACUUCAAACAGUCUCCACUCCACAGACAGCUCGGAUCUACUGUACAGAUUGUGAGGGAACAAUUCUGGACCAAAUCAAAAAAAGCAAACCUGCUGGUUGAUAUUUUGCGAAUGGACAGUAUUUUGUACAAAGUGAAUGACUGUAAAUAAAGAAUAUUUCAUUUCUUAAA